GAGAGAAUUUUAUUUGAAAUAUUCUCUCAGGUUUUUAAGUAGACCAGCUGCCCUUCAAACACUGUUUUGAAAUAUAAUUGACGCAUAUUAUUUAUGAUAAAAUGACAACUCUUAGACGAAAUAUCCGAAAAUGUUAAAAUGGGACGGGAAUAUGCCCUGCUUGGGAACUAUGACACCGCUUUAGUUUACUACCAAGGUGUCCUUCAGCAAAUACAAAAGCAUUUACAAACUCUCCGUGAUGCUGAAACUAGAAGCUUAUGGCAAGGCGUGCGGCAAGAUUUAGCGCAAGAGUGCGAGUAUGUAAAGGAUAUAACUGCAACCCUCGCCAGCUUUAAAGUAGAUGGCAAUUACAUGGCCCCGUCCCAACGUGGAGGGGGAAGCGCGUUUGAAGAGCCCACACGAGAUCCAGACGUUUGGCCCCCACCUACACCUGCGGAGCCCCCACAAAGAGCUCCUGUGAACAAAAGAAAUCCCCCAAGAGGAAUAAACGCCCGUCCAAGUCCAAACCAGGCACCAGAUCGGCGUGCAGCAGCAAGAAAUAAUCCCAGUUCCGUAAACCAACGCCAAGCUGACCAUAAACGACCUACGGAUAAGGUUAAAAAGGUUGGUCGUUCAGGAUCACCUAAAAGACAGCAAGGAGGGAAUGAUAAUAAGGAAGAAAAGCGGUUUGAUCCAACUGGGUAUGAUAAAGAUUUAGUUGAAGCUUUGGAGAGAGAUAUUGUUCAACGGAACCCGAAUGUUCAUUGGAGUGACAUUGCUGGUCUGACUGAGGCAAAGAAAUUGCUUGAAGAAGCUGUUAUUUUACCUUUACUUAUGCCGGACUUUUUCCGGGGCAUUCGGAGACCUUGGAAAGGUGUUCUUAUGGUGGGACCGCCUGGUACUGGAAAGACUUUACUCGCCAAAGCUGUGGCUACUGAAUGUAAAACCACGUUCUUUAACGUUUCCUCUUCUACUUUAAGUUCAAAAUACAGAGGGGAAUCUGAGAAAUUGGUUCGGCUACUGUUUGAGAUGGCUCGAUUUUAUUCUCCCAGCACAAUCUUUAUUGAUGAAAUUGACUCCAUUGGCAGCAAGCGUGGAUCUGGUGAUGAACAUGAGACAAGUAGACGUGUGAAGGCGGAACUGCUUAUACAGAUGGAUGGGGUAGAAGGUGCUACUGGUGGGGACGAUGCUGCUAAAAUGGUCAUGGUGUUGGCUGCUACAAAUUUUCCUUGGGACAUUGAUGAAGCUCUAAAAAGAAGACUGGAAAAGAGGAUCUACAUCCCUCUUCCUGAAUCCGAAGGAAGGGAGUCGCUCCUGAAGAUUAAUCUGAAAGAGGUGGAGCUCGCUGAUGAUGUGAAUCUUGCUCUGAUCGCAGAGAAGUUGGAAGGGUAUUCAGGAGCGGAUAUCACCAAUGUUUGCAGGGAUGCUUCACUGAUGGCUAUGAGAAGAAGAAUUGCAGGUUUGAAACCCGAUGAAAUUCGUAAUUUAUCUCAAUCUGAACUGCACCUGCCGACAACUGGAGAAGAUUUUACCGAAGCAAUGAGAAAAGUUUCAAAGUCGGUUUCUUCCCAAGAUUUGGAGAAGUAUGAGAAGUGGAUGAAAGAGUUUGGAGCAGCUUAAGAUUGCGCUUCACUGCUCAACCUCACAUUUGCCAAUGGAAACACUGGCCGAAGCCAUGUUUUUCACUUAGAUGUUUUACUGUGAUUAAAAUUCAAUGAUUAAUCCAUUUUCUGUCGUACUAUUUUCAGUACUAAAAAAUCUUACUUCAUAUAUUUUCAAUUCAGCUGUGUUUAAUUAGAAUGAUUGCGUUGUAGUUGGUAUUUUGCUUCAGUGCUAUUAAAGUUUCUUGAAUUUUGUCAU